UUGUUAUAUAGAAUUUGUUUUUGUUUUUUCCCAGAAUUUCGUUUUUGCGUUUUAAGAAAUUUUCAUUUUGAAUCAAAUUUUUUUGGGGAUUGAUUUUCGAUCAAAAAUGCUUGCCGAAUGGAUUAAAUCGUUGGAUAAAAAAACCAGUGAACGUACUGAUGAAGAUUUGGAAAUAAUUUAUAAAAAAUUAAAAACAUUUAAAUUAUUUCGUCGUGUACAUCCAUCCGUCAUUCAACAAUUAUGUUUUGUUGCCAUUAUUGAACAUAUUGAAAAAGGUGUUGUUCUUUAUAAACAAGGUGAUGAAGCAUUAAAUUGGUAUUCAUUAAUAUAUGGUUCAUUAGAUGUACAAAUAACACAUACUGGUAAACGUAAAGAUAUUGUUACUGUUUGUACACUUGGUUCGGGUACAGCAUUCGGUGAAUGUGUUCUGAAUGAUGGUCAUCAUUCAGCUAGUGUCAUAUCAAAUGAACCAUGUACAUUAUUACGUGUACCAAAACAAUCAUUUCAAGAUAUUUGGCAAAAAAGUUCACAUUAUAUGGAAGAAAUAAUAACAUCACCAUUUUCAUUGAAUGAAUUGAAUAAUAAUGAACAACAAUCAACGACAAUAACAACAACAUCAAAUAAAACAAUUAAUCAAUCGAUAGGAGAAAAAUCAACACAAGAUCAGCCAUCAUCGAAUCAAUUGAUAAUGAUGAAUAAAGAUGAUCAUCAUUAUCAUUAUCAACAGAAUGAUGAAACAAAUGAACAGAAUAUUAAAGGAGAAGAAAUACAAAUGUCUGAAAAUGAAAUCAAAUUAAUGCAUGCUGGUUGGAUAAUACGAUUACGUAUUCAACAAACAGCAUCACAUUUGAUUCGUGAUCGUAAACAUCCAUCAACAACCGAAAUAUUUGAUAAUUGUUUUAUUGGUUCAGAAUUAACUGAUUGGAUAAUCAAUGUAACAAUGACAUCAAGUCGUAUAAAAGUACGUUCACGUAAACAAGCUGAAUCAAUUUAUCAGGUUUUAUUUGAAAAUAAAAUCAUCUAUACAGUAUAUCCAUUGGAAGAAUCAAAUUCAUUUACCGAUCGUUAUGUAUUUUAUCGUUUUUGUUUUGAUGAUUUAAAUGAUGAAAAAUCACAAACAUUAGUUAAUUUGUUUCAACAAAAUGUACCGAUUGAUGAAAAUCGUAUUGCUGAUUAUCUUUAUGAAAAUCUUACGUUUUUAUUACAAUUGGCACCUGAAGCAACAUUACGACAAAUAUUACGUAAACCACCGGAAAAUCGUACCGAAGAUGAUAUUGAUAUUGUUUAUGAAGAAAUAAUGAAUAUAAAAGCAUUUUCACAUUUAUCAAAUACAGUAAAAAAAGAAUUAUCGGCUGUAAUUGCAUUCGAAUCGAUUGAAAAAAAAUCAACAACAUUAUUUAAACAAGGUGAUCGUGGUACUUGUUGGUAUAUUAUAUUAAGAGGUAGUGUUAAUGUUGUUAUUGCAAGCAAAGGUAUUGUUUGUACAUUACAUGAAGGUGAUGAUUUUGGUAAAUUAGCAUUAGUAAAUGAAGCACCACGUGCAGCAACAAUUAUAACUAAUGAAUCGGAUUGUCAAUUUUUACGUGUUGAUAAAGUACAUUUUGAUCGUAUAUUAAAAGAUAAUGAAGCAUCAAUUGUACGAUUAAAAGAAUGUGGUAAAGAAGUAUUAAUAUUACAAAAAAUGUCAAUGAAACAACAUUCAAAAAAGAAUUCUGUUGUUGAUAAUACUAAUACUACUGUAAAUAAUGAACCAACAAAUUUUAAAUAUAUGGUUAUGGCUGGUACACCUGAAAAAGUUAUCGAUUAUUUAUUGGAAACAAGAAUGAAUAAUAAUAAUUUUGAAGAACAAUUUAAUAAGGAAAGUUUAUUUGAAGAUUUUCUUCUUACAUUUCCAAUAUUUAUUACAUGGAAACAUAUGACCAAUUCAUUAUUAAGACAUUAUAAAAUUGAUGAAAUGAAUUUUCGUCAAAUGGAAGAUUAUAUUGUUGAUAAUAAAAAACGUGUUGCACGUUUUACAUUACUUUGGUUUAAAAUAUCGGCUGAUGCAUUUUUAAAUUGUAAAACUAUUACAAUUUUUCUUGAUGAACUUAUUGAUCUAAUGGAAAAAGAUAAUUUAAAACAUGAUAAUCAUUUUGAAACAGAAUUAACAUCAUUAAAAAAUAUUAAAGAAACUAAAGAAAAUUAUAAUUUAAAUCUUGAAAUGAGAGGUACUAUUGUUUAUAAAGCGGAUAAUUCAAAUUCGGUUCGUCGUAUGUCGAAUAUAAAUGAAGCAUUAUUUGCAAAAUCACCUGAUGAAACGGAUAAAAUUUUCAAAUUAACAGCAAUCAAAGAAUUUGAUGAAAUAAUUUGUCGUUUAUAUUGUGCUGAUCAUACAUAUACAACAUUGAAAACAACAAUGGAUACCCGUGCAGAAAUUAUUCGUAAUCAAGCUGCUGAAAAAUUAAAUCUUGAUAAUUCAGUUGAUUAUACAUUGGUUGAAUUAAAAUCGGAUAAUGAACGAUACAUUUUCAAUGAAACCGAAUUAAAUAUUGCAACAACAUUAUCAUUAAAUGGCAGAAUAUUCAUUUCACAUAAAGAUCAUUUGGAUGCAUUAACAACAUUACCCGAACAGGAAGGAACAACAAUUGGUUCGAUUUUUAAAUUGGAAUCAUUUUCAUCACAAGAAAUUGCUUAUUUUCUUACUAAUCAAACAUGGAAAUUAUUUUUUAAUAUUCAUCCAUAUGAAUUUAUUUAUUUGGUAUUUGGUCGUCAUAAUUUUAAUGAUAUAACAGCCAAUCUUGAUCUUUGUCGACGAAAUUUUAAUGAACUACAAUAUUGGGCUAUAACAGAAGUUUUAUUGGAAAAAUCAUUAUCAAGACGGGUACAGAUUUUGAAAAAAUUGAUUAAAAUUGCUGGAUAUUGUAAAGAAUAUAAAAAUCUAAAUUCAUUUUUUGCCAUCAUUAUUGGUUUGAGUAAUGUUGCCAUCAGUCGAUUAACACAAACAUGGGAAAAAUUACAUAAUAAAGUUAAAAGAAUUUUCACCCAAUAUGAAUCAUUAAUUGAUUCAUCACGUAAUUAUCGUCGUUAUCGAUUAUUAUUAUCGAAAUUUGAUCCACCACUUGUACCAUUCGUACCGUUAUUAAUCAAAGAUAUGACAAUUUUACAUGAAGGAAACAAAACAUUUGUCGAUCAAGGAUUAGUAAAUUUUGAAAAAAUGCAUCUUUUAGCACAAACAUUACGUAUGAUACAGGAUUGUAAAUCCGGAUCAUUUCAAAUACAAUCACCGGCAACAUUAUCGAUGAAAAAAAUGAAUUUCCCAAAUGUAUUACAAGAAUAUUUUGAUCAAAUCAAAGUUAUUGAUAAUCAAAAACGUUUAAUGCAAUUAUCAUAUUGUCUUGAACAUCGAAAACUUUGAAAAAGCCAAAAAACAAGCUGAAUUCAACAACGCACAUAUCAUUUUUCUUUGCACAGAAAAUAUUUUAUUUCAUCAUCAUCAUUGUUAUUAUUGUUUCAAUAUUAGAUCAAACUAAA